CGCACAGUCUUUCUUCAUUUUUCAAGAUGGUCGUGUGUCGUUUUCAAAGCACCACCAACUUAUAACAUAUUUUAAUUAAUUUUCUAUUAAAAACCAAAUUAGAAUCAAAUUAAUUUUCACUCAGGAAUUAAACAGCAAAUAGUAAUCAUCAGGCGUCAGCAAUCAUGGAUUUCGGGGCCUUGCUUCAUGUUGCCAAGAAAAAUAGCGAAAGCACCAAGGGUGCAGAUGGGAAAUACUACAGUACCAAAUUCGCACCUCCAAAAAAGGAAUCAAAAGAUAAGAAACUAUCGCACAACAUCCAGAAAUUUCUAGCCAAAAAAGAACAAGAGGAACGGGAGCGACUGCGGGCGGAGAAGGAGAAGCGUGAGCAACUGUUGGCUCUGCGUGAUGAAAAGUCAAAGAAUAAGAUCAAGAAAAUGCUUAAGGUCAUCAAAUCGGCCAACAAGUCGGUGUUGGACGAUGCAGUGGAUACUGAACACACCGCAGUCUCGCGGGAAGGUGGCGACCAACCCGACGCGGACGAUUAUGGGUACGUGUCGACUGAGGCGAAUGCCUUCUAUCAAAAGUAUAUAGAAAAGGUGAAAGACGUUAAAGAAGACAAGGUCUUUGCACCGAGUAGACCAGCAACAAGAACUGACCUGAAUAGUACGAAGGAUCGCGUGAAAGCGGCCAUUGAGCGGGAAAUCCUGGAGCGAAAUAUGCCUCACACUCGUGUGAGGACGUCAACAGCGGCCCCUAAGCUAGCAUCUGCCAUGACAAGUGGCCCAACCUCGGGGUCAUUGCGAAAGAAGGAUCUCUACGACCCUGAAGCCGAGAAAGAAAUGGAGGAGAAAAAAAAACGCGAGGAGGAACAACAAAGGCGGGCUAAACUAAAGAAAGCUGCCCCUCCGCCGGUCAUGGAUUUCCAGGCGCUUCUCAAGCUGGCUGAGAAAAAGCAAUUCGAGCCGGUGGUGGUUGAAGUGGAGCCCAAGAAAAAGGAACCUGAACGGCUUCUGACAAAGAAGGAAAAGAAAGAACACGAAGAACGCCAAAAAUUCCUCGAAGAAAGGGAACGACGCAAGAGGGAGAGAGAGAAGGGAGAAGGCAAGCCGGGUUCUGCUGCAACUGUCAAAGCUCCCGAGAGACAAAAAAUGGAGCCCAAUGGGCGCAUACCAAAGUUGAAUCAGUCGCCAGCUCAAAAACCCCCAACUGCCAGUUCAGUAGCAGCAACUCCAAGCAGUAGCAGCAGCAAAUCCGUUGAUUCAAAAUCAACAACUUUCAAAAAACCCCUCAAUCCUGUUCCCAACUCGAGUCAAAAAGGCGUUUCUUCCCCGAAGACGUCGUCUUCUUCGCCUGCACAGUCGUCAAAAAGCACAAGUAGUAGUGUAAGACCAUCCUCCGUAAAUGGGUCAACAGCAUCGUUGAAGGAUAGACCACUCCAGAAAUCCCAACCCACAGGUAAGUUAUCAGCGAGCUCUUCCAAACCCUCUCCUGCUGGAGGGUCGAAAAGUGCCUUAACUCAAAAUGGAAGCAAGGGAGCCUACAAUGGUCCCACACGGGAGUUUCCCCCAAGAGACAUUAAGUCGAGACCCCAACAGCCAGCCCAGACAACGCGCCAAUUUCCACCGCCAGAUGUUCGUCGGAGUAACAAGCCGCCGGAGAGGAAACCUCAACAAGCAGUCAAAAGAAGAAUAUAUGACGACGAUGAUGACGAAGAUGAAUACGAUUCUGAACUGGACGAUUUUAUUGAUGAUGGACCAGACGGAGAAGACUACUCGCAGCACAUUAAGGCUAUAUUUGGCUACGACAAGUCGAGGUACCGAGAUAUGGAUGAAGACGAUUCUGGAAUGGAAUCUUCGUUUGCCCAACAAAUGCGUGAGGAGUACGUUAGUAAAAAAAUCGGUUUAAUGGAAGACUUAGAAGAUAUGAGACAAGAAGCCGAAGAUAAAAAACGUAAAGCGAGUAUGAAGCGGAAAAAGGUGCAUUAAUUUGGACUGCAAAACUAAACGAAGGAUAACCUACCUUCUGACCAUACGUUAUGUUCAAAGUGAUAUCUAUAUAUAUAUAUAUUUAUAUAAAAAAUAACUAUGUUAUUUCAAAAAUAUUGUUUUUAUAGUACUUACCAUUUAAUAAUUACUGAAAAUAAUCUUAUUUUUAAUUCUGUUUUAUAAUAAUCUUUUGCCAAAUUUUGAAAGUUCUUGUACUGGAUACAUGAAUUUCAUUAUCUGCAAAAACACAAAUUUAUAUAUUUUUAAGUUAAAUAGAAAAUGUUUUGUUUCUUCUCCAAAAAAAAAAAAUGGUAGAAUCAAUAAUUUUUGAUUGUAUUGGUUGACGAAUCUUUUAGAAAUACAAUUUAUUUUAUUAAUCAAAUUAACAAGUAUAAAAGCU